AUGUUCGGCAUCUUGGGUGCCCGCGACCGCAACGAUGGCACUGAGGAAUAUGCCUCGUUCGACGAGCUGUUCGCCGCACUCAAGUCGCGGAUGCAGAAGGACGGCUACAAGGUCGUCAAGUCGCGCACCCAUCGCAACAAGGUCGGCGGUACCUACGAGAAGGGCAGCGAGGUCGUCCGAUGCGACCUCGUGUGCGACCGAGGUGGACAGCCGUACAAGUGCACCGCGACGCAGCUCAAGACGUCGACGAAGAAGACCAACUGCCCGUGGAAGGCCAAGGCCGUGAAUCGCAAGACCCUGGGGAAAUGGAUCUUGACAAUCAUAUGCAGUGAACAUAACCAUGAGGCACGAACCCCCGAUCCGCCGACCGACGAGGAAGAUGCCGAUGCAGAGGGAGACGCCGACAUUGUCCAGGACGCCCCAGCUGUUCCUGAAGUACAGAGUUCUGGCCCGGCGCCAGAUCCUACGACAGCUGCCCUACUCGCAGUUGUCGGUGUUACGCCUAACACAAUGCGACUUACCGGCGACGUCUUCCACAACUUCAAAACAGAAUACCGAAAAAUGUCGAAGCCAGAGCGGUUGGGCAUACUCGCACAGCUGCAACUACGUAUCGCGGCCAUUUAUGCUGUCGAGAACGAAGACAUGCAGAGGCAAGAACGGCAGGCCAGACAGGAGAAGAAGCAUCAAGAGAUCGAAGAGAACCGACGUAAGUCGCAAAGUGCGCAACAGCAACAACCGCAGCAACAGCCACAGCCACAGCAGCAACCACAGCAGCCGCAGGCACAACAGCAACAACAACAGCAGCAGCAGCAGCAGAAGCAACAACAACAGCAAGCGAUGCCCCAGCAACAGCAUCAGCUUCAGCAUCAACAGGUACAGCAACAACAACAUCAGCAACAGCAGCAGCAACAACACCAGCAGCGUCAACAGCACCAACAGCCGCAAGUACAGAAUCAUAAUCAUAACCACAACCACAACCACGUCCAGCAACAGCUGAACCAGAUGUCCCGGGACGGCAUGACGGGGAUGCCGAAACACCCAUUCGAACAGAACUCCCACGACGAGCACGUGCAGUAUCGGGACCGUCAAGCUGAGAUGGAGGAAAGGAACCAGAGGACGAUGCAGAUGCGCGGGCAGCAAAUGAGCAACGCAUUCCAGCAGAACGCCGUCCAGCAAACGCCCAUCCCGGUGCCCCAGUUCGGCAUUCAAUCCGGCAUGCAGUCGGCGCCACCCAAUGCAGCAGUGUUCCGCCACUACGCGGGGACGCCGGUCAACAAUGCCGUCCCGCAGGGAGGCGCCGGGGGUUCACCGGCCACAGGGUCGAAGCGGCGCGGCCGGCCGAAGAAGACAAACAUGGACCAGAGCCUCGACGCCAGUCUCCAUAUGACGAGGUAG